UGGUAAAUAUAUACGUAACAGAACAUUUGCCAUUUCAGCAGUCUUCACAUGUAUGGUUCAGUGGCAUUGGUCAUGUUUGUGGUCUUCACAUGUGUGGUUCAGUGGUGUUAGUCAUGUUUGUGGUCUUUACAUGUGCAGUUCAGUGCCGUUAGUCAUUUUUGUGGUCUUUACAUGUAUGGUUCAGCGGCAUUAGUCACGUUUGUAGUCUUUACAUGUGCAGUUCAGUGGCAUUAGUCAUGUUUGUGGUCUUCACAUGUACGGUUCAGUGGUGUUAGUCAGGUUUGUGGUCUUCACAUGUAUGGUUCAGUGGCAUUAGUCAUGUUUGUGGUCUUUACAUGUGUGGUUCAGUGGCAUUAGUCAUGUUUGUGGCCUUCACAUGUAUGGUUCAGUGGCAUGAGUCAUGUUUGUGGUCUUCACAUGUGUGGUUCAGUGGUGCUAGUCAUGUUUGUGGUCUUUACACGUGUGGUUCAGUGGCACUAGUCAUGUUUGUGGUCUUCACAUGUAUGCUUCAGUGGCGAUAGUCAUGUUUGUGGUCUUCAGAUGUAUGGUUCAGUGGUAUGAGUCAUGUUUGUGGUCUUGUUCAUCCAUCACCCUUACCCGUUCCCAAGUUUUCCAGUCACCCAUAGGAGCCCAGAGUCCCCUAAGCAUUGAGUCCUCCUCUUCCUCUCCCUCCUGCCCAGUUGUGCCAUUUACUCCUCCUGGCCACCCUGUGAAGUCAGUCAUGCCUUACCUUGAUCACUUGGCCAGAGAUCAAGACAGGUUCCGGCCGACUGGCCAGUGGGUCGCUGGCUUCACAGCUUCACCCCCAGAACUCGAGGUGCCGGAUCCCAAUGGGAGCCUCGAAGGCUGCUCCUCCUUUGUCUUCACUGAGAGACAGUGGGCCCAGCUGGGAAGCAGAAAUGGGCCCUCUUCUGCUGAGAGGAGGCCAGCCAGUGGCUUAGCCUGUUUGACUUUGUUGCUGUUGUUGUUGUUAAAUGCACGUCCUGCUGAACAGAAUCAAGCAGAACACACUUGUACGAAGUAAACAGGAAAUGUCUGCUUUCACACCUCCCUCCCCCAAAUCCUGUUCCCCAGGGGUAACCCCAUAUCAUAGUUGGGAGUACCUUUCCAGACACAUACGUGUGUGGGUGUUGUGAGUGGGCACAUAUGUCUGUGUGUGAGUAUGUAACACACAAAUGUGCGCACACACACGUACUCUUCUGCGACAUGCUGUUUCUGGCCAGCGUUCUGCCGUGGCCAGUGCCCAUGUCAGGCUCUCGUCCUGAUGGGAGUUACCUCGUACUUUGGACUCAUCUUCACUGCCCCCAUUUCCUGUCUCCUCCUAAAUUGGCCAUCGAGUCCUAAAAAUUUUUAUGCUCCUCAGUACCUUCUUCACCCUGUUCCUUCCUGCCAGUGGGCCCAACUCAGACCUGCUAAGUCAGCUCUCUGAUCAGGGCAGGGCCGGGGAAUCUGCAUUUUAGUGAGCUCCUGGGUGGUCUUCAUUAUCACUAAAGCCUGAGGCUGCUCGCCAAGAGGAAGCAUCCGGCUCCCUGGUCAGGCGUUUGAGAUGCCCCGUGAGCUGUCACCCUCUGUCCCACAGCCUGGCCCCUGCCCUCACUAAGCUUGCCUGACACACCCUGCCCUUCUGUGGGUCUGUGCUUCUGCCUUUGCUGCCUCCUUCCCCCGACUGGCUGCACUGAGCACUUCUCUCCUGUGCCCCUGCCCCACCCUAUAGGCAGCUUUGUGGAUUCACUUAGCAGACAGAAUCCCAGGGAUUUCAGCUUUCAAAGGGCAGCCCACACCUGGCACAUAGUAGGCACUCAGUAGAAGUUUGAACUGAACCAGUGGGUCUGGGACUGGGCUCCUGGCCUAAUGCCCUGGUUGGAGGGGUUGGGGUGUGCUGACAAGGGAUGAGGGCACAGUGGAGGGCACCCUCUUAGUCUUAGUCUGAUGGGCUCUUCCUCCAACAGCAGGUGGCGCUGUCCACCCUGGGCGUCCCUACACCGGGACUGUCAAGGGCAGGCAAGCAGGCAAUACCUGUCUCUUCUGAAGCCCUUUGGCUCUGGGGUUGGGGAUGUGGUGCCCACUGCUCUCUGAAGGGGCAGCCACCUGACCUCUCCUGGGCCCCCUUCCAAGCUGCAAAGCCAGGAGCCCUGCUGAUGUGGCAUCUCCUGACUCUGCUUUGCCAGGAUGCUGGUGGAGAAGUUCUCUGUGUCGCAGCAGGUCAUCCCACAGGUCCACCCGGGGGAGGCCGUGUUUCUGCCCACGUGUCACCCUCAGCCGCACGUCCUGGACUGUUCACAACUAAAACCUUGCAGCUACCUCGAAGGGCUGUUCCUCAGCUCCCCACCGGCCCAGCAGCUGUCCUUCCUCCGCAGGGGCCUCCUGAGCAACCUCUACCUGCACAGGCCCGACUGCCCGGUCCCCCUGCUCCAGUGGCUGUUCCAGUUGCUGACAUGGCCUCCAGAAACUUCUUCGGAAGCCUUUGGUCUCCUGUGGGAUCUCAGCACGGAUAGGCUCUUCCAUCCACCCGAGGACACUCAUAUGUGGUGCCCCACAUUGCAAGAGAUCAUGGAGGUGUUUCAGAGCCUGGGAGCCCAGAGCCCUGCUCUGUACCCUGCAGGGCCCCACCCACAUGGGGGGAGAGUGCUUAAAAGCAAAGUUAGCCUCAGCUGGGAUGAGCAGCAGACUGCCCCCCAGGAGAUGGCCUUGGACGUUAGCCUUAGCUACAUCUGUAAGUUCCUGACUCUGUGUGCCCUAGCCCAGCCAGUGGCUUACACCGAUGACAGCCUCCUGGGCCUAAUGGAGCUGUUGUGCCAGGCUGGCCUGGACGUGGGGCUCCGCCUGCUGCCCAAGACAGAUCUCCAGCAACUCCUGCUCCUGUUAUUGGAAAACGUCCAGGAAUGGCCCAGGAAGCUCCGGCAGCUGUGCUGUGCCCUCAGCUCAGUGUCUGACCACCAUCACAACUUGCUGGCUCUUGUGCAACUCUUCCCGGACCUGACGGCACGGAGCAGGCAGCUUCGAAGCCAGCUCAGCCUCGUGGUCAUUGCCCAGAUGCUGGGCCAACAAGAGACAUUCCCUCUCUGGCAAGAGAAGACCCAGCUGUCUUCACUCAGCCAGCUCCUGAGCCUCAUGAGGCCAUCAUCCCUCAGGCAGUACUUGAGCGCCAGCUCUGGGACCUCGCCACCCUGCCAGGAGCAACAGCCAAGGGCCGGUGCCGAGCUUGACCACAAGGCCUGCUACCUGUGCCACAGCCUGCUGACACUGGCCGGGGUGGUGGUCAGCGCCCAGGACAUCACCCCAGACCAGUGGGGGGAGCUGCAGCUGCUGGGCGUGCAGUUGGAUCGCCACAUCAGCACCCAUAUCCGGGAGAGCCCCCAGGCCAUGCACCGGACCAAGCUCAAGGACCUGGCCACCCAGACCUACAUCCGCUGGCAGGAGCUGCUGGCCCACUGCCAGCCCCAGGCCCAAUAUUUCUGCCCCUGGGAAGAUAUCUAA